AUGGCUGCUGUCGCCGCCUCUGUGCGCCCUUCGCGUUCGUCUUCACUGUCUGCAUCUGCCGCUCCCUCGCCUUCCACAAACUCGCGGUCUUCAGCUUUUCCGCCCGGAGACAACCACCUCGACUUUCUGUCUCUUCUUCUCAUGUCGCCGUCACCUGUCUCCGUCAUCGAGCGCCUCUUCGCGUCGGGAGCCGCGGGGAACCCUCCGGGCGCGGAGACGGUCAGCCACGUCCAGAAGGUGCUCAGCACUCUGACGGUUCAGCAGGCGUCGAGAGCCGAAGAGUUGAGGAACUUGAUCGGGCUGCGGUACCUUUCGUUUCUCCAUUCGACCGACUCCAUUCAGGCGAUGGUCAAAGCCGCCACGGACCUCGACAGUCACGCGUCUCGCGUCUGCGCGAUCAUCCAGGGCCUCUGCAAAAGGGAAGACGAAGGGAGAUACCAUGGAGAGGAAGAAGAACGGAAUCCGACGUUCCUGCCGCCCCAGGUUGGGAAGGAGACAGGGGACAGCGCAAGAGGGACGGAGGCCAGGGAGGCAUCUGCUUCCCUGCGUUUAGGGGGGGGGAACGGGAGCAGGCAGGACAACGCGGGGCGACUCACGGGGAGAAAACAGAGUGGAGGUGGAGAUCUUUCUCUCUGCGCCCUGUCAACUUCUCCGCACCGACGAGAACCGGGAGGGAAAACUCCGGAAGAAGCCUUCCUGCUCGAGGCCACCCCCCUGGACAGCUGGAUGGAUGAAAACCUCCAGUCGCCUCUAGCUUCCCUCUUGGACUUCGUCGAGCCUCAACGGGCGCCGCUCGGUGUCCGCGCCGACCGAAAGCGAGGCGGUCGAGAGUCGCCCAGCGUGUCUGAUUCUUCUUCGUCGGCCGCCGCGGCUCCUGGCCUUGCUCCGAGGGGCCAGAAGGACGUCUCCGGAACGGCAUCGCCACCUCGCGAUGCGGAAACGAGCAGACAACUCGUUAUGCAAGUGCUGUUCCAGGGGAUGCAAGUGCAGUUGGGAAUCACUUCGCGUUUCUGGCGGUUCAUCCGAGAGGCGUCUUUCCUCGGCGCGUUUCGCCUCCUCUGCGUGGACCUGCCGACUCAACGCCGCAGCCUAGCAGAGACUCUCGACACGGUGUGCGAGCGCCACGCUUCCCGCGCGUCUCCGUCUCUCUCGGAUGAGGGCCAAGAACCACUCAACGGACGUUCGGAUGGCGACAGUGAAGAGGCAGGCCUGCGGAAGAAGGAAACGGUUUCCACGUUGGUCGGAGACUGCCGCGUGAUUCUGACCCAAACGCGCAAAGAGGAAGCUCUGCUCCUCAAGAUGUUGUGUACGUACACCUUGCAAAGUCUGUCGGCGCCUCUUCUCUCUUCGCGCGCAGCACUACAGGCUGCGGCGACGCUUCUUCUGCUUCCGUGGAGCACGACAAAACCCAGCCUCACGCCUCUGCUUUCUGACACUUCUUCCUUCCACGACGAGCGGACUUGCUUCGCGUCUACGUCUUCCGCGUUUCCGCCAUCCCCGUCUUUGUCUCCGCUCGUCUCUUCUCAGCCGUCGCGCACGCACGCCUCGUCUCUCAUCGACGUUUUCUUCUCGUGUCGCAACGAGGCUCUGCAACGUCUGUGCGCCUUCCCCGCCGUCCCGCAGGUGUCGCGUCAGUGGCAAGAGAGCGACACAAGUCGAGAGCGCGAAACACUGUGCUCGCGCUGCAGAGGCGAAAAGCACGAGAGCGGAGCCUGGCCAGCGCUCCCUGAUUGGGGACAAACCGCGGGGAGCCGCGGGGCUCCAGAACGCCGCGAGAAACACCUCGGGCGGGACUGUCUAGACACCGAAGAUAAACUCCAGACGGGUGGCGAUACACCCGAGGAGCCGCAUUCUUGCCUCGCAUGCACGCUCCACAACGUUAUCUUCGCAUUUGAGUGUUCUGUCGCGACUGCCGGCCUUCUGUUCCUGCCUUGCGACUCGCCUGGUUCCCCACACAACCCUGUUGCUUCCUCGUGUGCUUCCUCUCCCGCCUCCCCCCCCUCGUCGUCCUCCUUCGCUGUGCUUGCCUCAGCGCGAGCGGCGCUGUGUGCACCGGGCGAGCGCAGCGGCCACGUAUCUUUGUCUUUUCUGCCGAAGGAACGGAAUUGUCUUUCUUCCUCCCGAAUCCCUCCCGAAGUGUCCGUUGUGGAGGCGCGACUUGCAGGCGCCGAGAAAGAGUUCUCUGCGCUUCAGCAUAUUGCACGAAAUGCAGAGGCAAGCAGCGAGACAGCUCGUCCACUCUCGCCCCGCGCCUCUGGGCUUUCGUCUGGGCACUCGGCUGUCCCUGGCUCUCUGGAGGCGUGCCGAGACAGCGGAAACGUCGCCUUGAGCAGCCGGCGCUCCGCACACACCGAAGCAGCGGGGCGAGAUCGGACGGCACCAUGCGAGGACACGCGGGAGAGAGACGCGGGGUGUCGCUACACUGCUUCCGUCGCUCUUCGCUCGCUGCUCGCCUCGCGCUUUGCCCACUUUUGGAAUCGCUGGCGGAAGGAGUCGCUGCUUUCCGUGUCGUCCAUUCUCGACGAUGGGAACAAGCGAGGAUCGCUCCGGACGUGCCGAGAUGUGCACACUGUUUGGUCCGCUGUUCGGUCCAUUCUUUCUGCCGUGUCGGCUCUUCUGAGUGCAUCUUCUGUCUCUGCAGAUUCAACCCGGGCGCCCAGAACUCCGUCGACAGCGGGACAGCGCGAGCGAGCCUCGCCCCCCAAAACGGAGACACCUUCGCUGGGCUCCACCGCCUCGAGCGCCGGGGCGCGUCGCGCGGAGCCAGGUGUCUCCGAAGCGGCGCACGCGCGCCUCGAGGAGUGGCUUCGGUCCUUCAAUGAUGCGUUCUGUCGCAUCCUCACGGAUCUGGAACACAUUCCGUGUGACGAAGAAGCACCGGAUGCGACAGCAGAAGCUGGGAGGCAAAACACAAAGGAGAAUGCAAACUGCGACGCCCUUGGCUCUGCCCGCGACGUUCUGCUUCGCGCUCUCUUUUCGCAUCUAAACUCCGAUCUUCAAACCACCAUCUGGCCAGCCCUGGUGGCUCCUUCUCCCGAAUCGCCUCCCUCAUCCUCCUCUUCCUCUUCUUCCUCUUCCUCCUCUUUUUCUCCUGCUGCGUCUUCGUCGCCGCUCGCGCCUUUUCUCGCGUCUUCUGUCUCUUCUUCGUUCGGCUUCUUCCUCGACUCGGGUCCGCUGGCGCCCGAACGCGCUGUGGCCUGGAGCGUGAAGGGACGGAGCUUGGAGGUUCUUCUGUUGCCUUCGGAAAGGCUGACAGGAGAGCGAGGAGGGAUCGAAGAGGAGACAGGCCACGACCGAACGGCUGCUCGCCUCUCGGCUCUUUCUCCGUCCACGCCACUGUCCCUGCAUCCGUCUUCUGACCUCGCGCCCCUGCCUUUCAACGCUUUCGCGUCUUUCCUGGGGCGUUACUUGGAGGAAAGACACUCGGGGAAAAGCGAGACAAACCCGAUGCGGCUCGCCGCUCUGCCGGCGGGCGAAUCGCCUGGCCCGACGGGCGAGAGGGCCAGCGCAGCUCUCGCGCGCGAACUGUACACGACACUGUGUGCAGGCUCUGUGGCUGCGUUUGCGCUGGCGGCUCUGGAAAUCGUAAAACCGAUUUGUGCACUCUUCAGGCAAGCUCUGCGAAACGCCUUGCUGCUCAACGACGCUGGCCUCGUCGCGGCGCACCCGCCGGGGGGUGUACAUACACCCGGCGGAGGCCGCUCGAGACAGAGCGACAUCGCCUCCGAGUUUCUCCUGCAGGAGUCCCUGCGGCAAAGAUAUUCGGGGGGUGCCGGAAAACAGUCCAAGACGGAGAGAUCCAAAAGCAGAGAAGAGAAGAAAGACGCAUCGCCUCCAAAUCCUCUGGACCGUGACUUGCGCCAUCCGAGAGAGGCGACUGCCGCAACCAUGCAGGUUUUAAUGCGCUUGAACGCUGAAGCCAGCAAACUGCUGGACUGCAUUGGACUCCACCCUCUCUCUUCUCCGUCUUCUUCCGCUUCCUCCAUUUUCCUGGUCGUCUUCAAAAUCGUUGCCGGAGACGCCCUCGCCGAAGUCUUCGAAGACGUUCUCCCGACCGCACAAGAAGUUGCCUACUCACAGCCAGCGGCCAUCUCGUCGUCGUCCUCCCUCUCCUCUUCCGCUCUUUCUGCGUCAAAGUCUGUUUCCCUCGCUGUCGCGGGUCUGUCGCGUCUUCUCUUCGACAUGCAUAUGCUUCUUUUCGUUUUUAAACCCGCUUCUCUCCCGCCGGUUCUUCUUCGGCUCCGCGAACUGCAAAAGAUGAAGGACGCCGAGGAAGGCUCUCGCGCAAACAAGCAGCGAGAAGGCGAGAGUACCUUUCGCUCCUUCACAGACGGCGUCCUCCAAAAGAGCGGCGGAGAGGCAGGAGAGAAGCUCGAGACACUCGAAAUGAAGGAGACGCGAGCCGCGUGGUCCGCGCUCCUUCGAGGCGCCGCCGAGCACCACGAAGGCUUGGCGAGAACUGCGCAAAAAGUUGAAAAAGUUUUCCGGGCGCUGCGAACGGGUCUCAAGCGCCCGCCUGCCGGGGAGGGCCGAACCGAGACAGCGCGAGAAAGUGAAGAAGGCUGGCAAGGCGCCGGCAGCGCCGACGUCGAAGAAAUCAGAGAAGCCAGCAAGGCCUUUCUCUCUGCAUGCGGUCUCCUUUUCUGCCCGCUCCUAACUCGCGAAACGGAUGUCACUGCCACGAACGAUCCGACCUCGGUCUUCGACUCGCCGCUUCCUCAGCUCCUCCCCCCGAGAGAACGUUUCCAGCUGCUUCCUGUCUUCUCCGUUGAGGAACCAGGCACCGAUUCCCCGGAGCGCCAAGAGAGUCUCGAGGCGCAGUUGCGGUUUCCGUCGCUCGACGAGGCGCCAGGUGUAUGUGCAGAAGCCGCUGGCUUGGCCGAGCAGCCCCGCGACGCGUCAGACGACGGCAUCUCGUUCAAGACAGUUUCGAAGAAUCUCCAGUCGUGGUUAGGGCGUUCUGGAGCAGUCGUGGCGGGUGCUCUGGACAGCGGGAAACGGAAUUUGUCCCCGGUCAGCAGCCCGUCGGAGCGGAAAGCAAGACUCUCGGAGAGUGGAGAGAAAAGCACGUUAAGCGCUUCGCCCGCGACUGCCUUGGGCUGGGCUUCCUUCGCGCUCACUGCGCAGACUCCGAGCCUUCACGCCAGCAGCACUGACACAUCCACGCCCGCAUACAGCCCGCCUGGCGCACUCAGCCAGCGCCACAGAAACACUCCGAGCAUCGACGGCGACCGUCCAGCGCCUUCGGGGGGGUUUGCUGCCGCAGGCACCGGUCUAGGCGCCGUGCACGUCGACACCUUCGCGAAGCACAUGGGGCAAAUGGGUUCGUUCUUUGGCCGGCACAUGGAACAGGUGCAAAACCGAGUGUCCGAGGUCGUCCGGAAAGGCAUGGCCCGAAUCGAUGAAGCUGGAAGCGGAAACGGGGACGACCGGGGAUAA